ACCAUGACCAUGAAUGACAGCUGGAGUUAGAGGAGCUAAGGAAACAAUUUGGCUAUCUGCUCGAGAAAGAAAGAAAGAAGAAGAAGAAGAAGAAGAAGAAGAAGAAGAAGAAGAAGAAGAAGAAGAAGAAGAAGAAGAAGAAGAAGAAGAAGAAGAAGAAGAAGAAGAAGAAGAAGAAGAAGAAGAAGAAGAAGAAGAAGAAGAAGAAGAAGAAGAAGAAGAAGAAGAAGAAGAAGAAGAAGAAGAAGAAGAAAUAAAUAAAAAAAUCCAGCCCUAGCUCAUCUCUAUUCGCAUCACCGAUAC